UUCUUUCAGUGUUCUUGAGCACCGGCCAAACAGUCACCAUCCCGAAAAGGAACCCUAAUAGGGUCGCGAUCCGAGCAAAGGAAUCGAGGGGAAUCGAAGUGAAUCAAGCGGGCGAUUCGGCGCCAAAAUUCUAUGAUGAAUAUUUUUGUUGCGGAGCAAUGAGUCAACUCUUUGAUGACCGCAUUCCUAUCACGCCCAGCACCUUUGACCUUAUUGUUAUUGGAACGGGCCUCCCUGGAUCCGUGAUUGCUGCCGCAGCUUCUACUGCCGGAAAAGCUGUUCUUCACCUUGACACUAACCAAUUUUACGGCGGCCACUUCGCCUCUCUUCCCCUGGAUGAUCUCUUUCCCUUCCUAAAUUCUCAUGCUUCCCCACCCUCCUCCUCCUCCACAACCACUACCACCACCACAAUUACGGGACAUGAUGAUUACACUGCCUUACCCCUCACCCGGCGCUUGCUCUACUCCGACAUUGAGACGGUUACCUAUGCCCCUCAAGCCCUUGCCCAGCAUAACCCCAAAAGAUUCUACAUUGACCUUAGCGGGCCCAAGGUUUUGUUUCUUGCAGACAAAGCCACGGACCUUCUGUGGAGAUCGGGCGUGUCACCAUUUUUGUGUUUCAAGGGCAUUGAAAUGAAGUCCAUUUACGAUGAUAUUGGGGAGUUGUGGAACGUUCCAGACUCUCGAGUAGCAAUAUUCAAAGACAAGAGGCUAAGCCUCAUGGAGAAGAAUAAGCUGAUGAGGUUCUUCAAGCUUGUUUGGCAGCACCUGGAAGCAGCCUCUGACGAACAAGGGAGUGAAGGAAAUAGUGAGAGUAGGAAAAUUUCAGAUGAAGAUUUGGAGAGUCCCUUCGUUGAUUUCUUAAACAGAAUGGAAUUGCCACACAGGAUCAAAUCAAUUAUUUUGUAUGCCAUUGCCAUGGUAGACUAUGAUCAAGACGACCUGGAAGCUUGUAAAAGUAUACUUAAGACAAGAGAUGGGAUCGAGCGGUUAGCAAUCUUCUACAAAUCGAGGUUGACAAAUGCACCUGAGGCUAUGAUUUAUCCUAUGUAUGGUCAUGGGAACUUAUCAGGAGUUAUAAGCCGCCGCGCUGCUGUUAAAGGCUGCGUUUGUGCUCAACGAGUUCCAGUUGCCGUGCUUACGGACAAGGACAGUGGCCAAUAUAAAGGUGUGAGAUUAGCUUCUGGUCAGAAUUUGUAUAGUGAUCAGCUAGUUAUGGAUCCAACUUUCAAGGUCCCAUCGCUGCCAAUUUCAUCCCCACCAGACGUGAGAGCAAGUCCUCAAGUUUUAAGUCUGAAAGAUGAUAAACGAAAGGUGGCUAGGGGAAUAUGUAUUACAACCAGUUCACUGAAGCCAGAUAUAUCAAACUGUUUGCUUGUAUAUCCUCCAGGAUCUUUGUACCCUGAGCAAGAAGCUUCGAUCCGGGCAAUCCAAAUAGGUGGAAGUUCGGCUGAAGUUUGUCCAAAGGGCAUGUUUGUUGUGUACCUUUCUGUUUUAUGCGAUGACGCCAAACAAGGGAAAAUGUUGCUACGUGAUGCCAUGAAUGCGCUUCUCAAACUUGCGCUUUCUGGAAACCCUUAUGAUCGCACUCUUGAUAGUGAAGAUGCAGAAGUAAAACCUACUUUGUUAUGGAGCAUGUUGUAUGUUCAGGAGCUGACUACGGAUGAACAGGGUUAUUUCCUCUCAACUCCGAUGCCAGAUGCGAAUCUGGACUACAAUGAUCUCAUAGAUUCAACUGCGGUGCUUUUCCAGACGUUGUAUCCACAUGAAGAAUUCUUUCCAGGGACACACGCGGUUGAUAAUUUGGAGGAUGAUGGCAGUGACGUUGAUGCCCCGAAAGGGACUGAGUGAGCCCCUUCUCCUCAAGAGUUUUCCACCAAGGUCAAUAAGAGGAGACAACUGGUGGCAAGACUUAGUUAUCCAUCUCUUCCGAGGGCCGGGAAGACUCACAGAAACACUUCAGCCUUCUCCUGGCCACAAGUCUGCCUUCCACACCAGCAGAGGGUUUCAAACCCAAGACCUCAAGUUUUUAGUUUUAAAGAAGUCUCAUAAUCCACUAUUUACCAUUGGGCCACUGUUCCUUUAGACUAGAGUUGGGCUGAAUUUUCUCUAUUGCAUUUUUAAGUUACAAAUUUGAACAAGAACCAAUAAAUUUUGUAUGAAAUUCACGUAAAAGUUAAAAGACGUCUAUGGCACCAAUAUAUCCAUAUGAGUAAA